AGUCACGUGACUGCUGGAAAUCUUCAACCAAAACACUGAGGACCCGAGCAGAUUGUAAACAACUGCAAGAAACUGUGACAGCCAGCCAACUUUCUCAGCGUCGAUCCAGCAAACUGUGAAGCUACACCGAAUCACCAGUAACCUGUCCAGUAGACAGGCCGUCUCAAUGCAUUACAGAGGACCGAAAACACCGAGGGGAUCAUGGAUGUGUACGAUUUGUUUAGUAGUUGCAGAAAGGGCGACAUUUGUAGAGUUAGAUACCUUGUUGAACAAAGAGAUGUGGACCUCAAUGUAAGAGAUAAAUGGGACAGCACCCCGUUGUAUUAUGCCUGUCUCUGUGGUCAUGAGGAGCUGGUCCAGUACCUGUUGGCUAGUGGUGCCAAGUGUGAAGCCAACACGUUUGAUGGUGAGAGGUGCAUGUAUGGCUCCCUAAAUGACUCUGUUCGACGCCUGCUCAAAGAUUAUAAAUGUGUCCCUGUCCGCGCCAUGCAGCGGGAUGAUUUUAACUACUUUCUGCACAUGUUACUGGAGCAGGGUCAACACAGCGAUGUCAAGUUCCUGGUUCAUGGACAAACAUUUCUGGCCCACCGCUGUGUUCUCAGUGCACGCUCAGAGUACUUCACUGAAAUGUUUGAGACCAAAUGGAAAGGGAAAAACUUGAUAACCCUCAAACAUCCUUUGAUCAAUCCUGCAGCCUUUGGAGCCAUCCUGCGAUAUUUCUAUACAGGACGAAUGGAUAUUGAUAUAAGCCUAGUGGAGGACUGCAGACGACUUGCUAAGCAGUGCAAGAUGGCAGAUUUCAUGGAGGAGCUGGAGAAUAAAUGCAAACAGCUGUAUGAAUUUGUGUCCAACAAGCCAGGAAUCUGUGUGAAAGUCCUGAGCCUGGAGCCACACAGCUGUCAGCUUCAGGAGGAGAUGGCUCAGUUAGCAGACUGUGCACUGCCCACUGAGCUAAGAGUUGGAUUUGGAGAACUUCCCUUUAACAGAGUCGACCGCUUCCCUACUUAUCCUGACAUCUGCUUCAGAGUCGAUGGUUACAAUUUCUUAUGUCACAAGGUGUUUUUCUGCGGGCGUAGUGAUUACUUUAAAGCCUUAAUGGAGGACCACUUCAGUGAGGGAGAGCAGCUGCAGUCCCAGCCCAGCACCCCAGUGAUAACUUUACACAACAUCUCCCAUGAAAUCUUUAUCCACGUCAUGUAUUACAUCUACACUAAUGACACAGAGCUAACAAUGGAGAAUGUGUUUGACGUGCUGUGUGUGGCUGACAUGUAUCUGCUGCCGGGGCUGAAGCGCCUGUGUGGGAAGACGCUUGCUAAGACCAUAUGUGAAGAUAACGUUCUGUACAUGUGGAAGACGGCCAAGCUUUUCCGUCUGUCUCGGCUGGAGGAUCACUGCACAGAGUUCAUGGCCAAGAUCAUUGAGCGGCUGGUGGAGCAGGCUGAGUUUGCCGAGAUCAUCAAAGAGGAUGCUGCGUCACUGGAGGAGCGACACGAGACUGACUCCGUCCCCUUAGUGGAUGACAUCCGCUACCACAUCGCCAGCAAUGUGCAGACGUACAGUGCGAUCGAAGAGGCCAAUCAGAAGCUGGAGGCCUUGGAGGAGUUGCUGUCCAGCAUAAACAUUGACUGUUGAAGGGUCGGCAGGUUGUAGUUUGUGGCUGUGGCUGCAGCUGCUGCGGAGUUUGAGGUUUUUAAGGUUGAUGCUUUGGCAGGGGACAUACAUUGGUGAAUCUGCGAAGGAAAAAAAAAAACAGUAUGAGGUGAGAAGAAAAACGUAUGCAUCUGUAUGUUUGUAGUAGGUUUACAAAAUAUAUAUUUUGAAAGGAGCUGGUUCUGAUUUUACAGAGGCAUAUUCAGAGACAGCUGUUUCUGUCGGCAGUUUAAAGUUUGUUUUAGUGAGAUAAAUUAAAUCUGAGGAAAGAUAUUUGGUAUUAAGUAUCAUGUUAAUCUGUUGUUGUAGGUUUUGAAAGAUGGGUUUUGAUGAAACUGUGUAUUAUAUAUUUACAACAGAACAUCUUUGUGUUGCACAUGCAUGAAAUUAUUUGCUACUAGAAUUUAAACAAGCUGUAGCUCUUUUAAAAUGUAGUUUGGCCUCAACAAAUUUCAGCACCAGCCCUUAUAAUGAACUCUAUUUAAUUUUAUUAUGACAGUAUAAGAAAGCAGAACGAGUCCAUGCAAUGUACUGGCUCACACUGGACAGCUGUCGGUAAAUAGAAGUGUGCAUUCAUUUCAUUCAUCCAGAAAAUAUUUUUAAUUUUGAACUCUUAUUUUGAAGUGACAUAGUUUUCUGAUGUAUUUGUUUCACAGAAGCAGUCAAGGUAUUGUUGACCUGCCUGCAGCUUUUAUUUUGUAUUUGAUUGCAUUUGGCAGCUGUAGUUCACCUCACUAUUCAACCAAUGACAUUCCUCUAGCGUGAAUACUUACACUUACCCCAACACACUUCUGCACUUAGAUUUACCAUUUUAAAUGUAAGCAAUUUCCUGCUGCCCUGUAUAACAGCAUUGCCUCUGUUGCCCAGUGUGUGCACCAGAAAAUAGAGCUGUUACUAAACUGUUUGCAUGUCAAUUUCACCGUCAACACAGCAAAAUAAUACAAUAUUUGAUUUCAGAAUGAUGAUGUCAUCCAUCUCUCAUAACUGCGUUUGGUUUUGGCAAUUAAACACUGUAUAGCAA